AUGAUAACACUCACAAGCCUCCUAAAACUCAUCCGCACCUCCGACGCCCAGACCAUCACCAUCCUCGCCGACAAAAUCAUCCACCCGGCUGAUAAGGCAGAUUUCGAGCUCGGGAAGGGGAGUUUGUGGGUUAGUGAGAGGCAAGCGGUGGAAUCCAACAAAGCGAGUCAAUGGGUUAAAUCCUCCGCCGACCAACGCCGCGAUCUCCUGCUGCAGAAGGUGAUGAUGGCGGAGGUUGUGCAGGAGUACCUCUAUAUGCUCAAUGAGGAGGGUGAUGAUGUGGAGUGGGUUGUUAAGGAUGGGGCGUGGGGGAGGGUGUUUAAGAUUCAGACUUAUUAAGGGACCUGGGUAUCUGUUUGCCUGGAUGGAAUUUUAUCGGGUUUGACCAGGAUGGAAUUGGGAGAAGGAGUUCUGGGAUUGUGAAAUCAGAGGUGCUUUGUUUGUUAGGGGCUCUUGUGAGCGUUUGAGUGUGAGAAGGUGGAGGAGGGUGUUUGUUACAGGGAAAUGUCAUAAGGCGGACGGACGCUAAUGCACCCCACAUUCCGCUAAAGUAACUGGCCCGUGCGUUCCUGCCCGAACAGAUGAAGUCGUCAUUGCAUGUUGUAGGGAUUGGGUCGGUCGUACCUUCCCUGUGUGAG